AUUUUGUUUUAUUCGUGAAUUUCUUUUUAAAAAAAGUUAUAAAAAAAAAAUUUUGCGUUUAAUCAAAAACAGUGGAAAAAAUUUUUUUUUUCGAAAUAUGAAAGAAAGAAACUUGUAAAUAAAAAAUAAUUUCAUUUAAUGAAACAAAGAAAACAACAACAACAAAUGUUCUUCCCUUAAAAAAUAAUUCGAAAAAGAAGAAAUAGAAAAAAAAAAUUAAUUAUAAAAUGUAUAAAAAAUUAAGAAAAAUAGUUUCUAAUGAAGAAAAAAUGAACAGAAAAAAUGAUGAAGAUGAUAAUGACGAUGACAAUGAUGAUGACAAUGAUGAUGACGAUGAUGAUGAUGAUUUAGAAAAACCACGUCGAAGUUCACUUCACGUUAAUCUUUCAUAUCUCACAAAUAUAACGACAAAUUCACAAAUAAGUCAAAAAUCAUUUGAAAAAUCAUUAAAAAAUAAUUCAUCAUCAUCAUUCAUUUUAAAUAAUGAUAAUGAAUUAAAAAAACAAAAUGAAAAAUCCCAAAGAAUAUUACCACGUAUAAUAAGUAUUGAAAAUUGUGGUAAAAAAAAAAUAAAUAAUGAUAAUGAAGAAAAUUUUUCAAAAGAUCAAUUACUUAAUGAAAAUUGUUUAAAAUUACGUGAUGAAAUUUUACGUAAAACAAAAGAAUUAUAUAAAACAAAAAAUAAUGAUGAUAAUAAUGACAAUAGUGAAAAUUGUGAAUUAAUAAAAAAAACUGAAAAAGUUUUUAAUAAUGAAAAAAAAAUGAAAAAUGAAAAAUCACCAACUGUUAAAAUUUUACUUGGCAAUGAUGAAGAAUUAAUAAUGUCAGGUGAAAAAAAUAAAAAAUUAAUUUCACUUAAUAUUAUGAAUAAUAGUUCAAUGGAAAAAAUUGAAACUCCACGUAGUUCAAAAAUAUCAUUAAAAUUAUUAAAAAAUAAUAAACAAUUAUCACGAAAACGUUUAUUUAUUGAUGAUAAUGAAAAUAAUUCACAAUUAAAAAUUAAUGAAAUAAAUAUUGAUGAAAUACCAUUAAAAUUAUCAAGUCCAAUAUUAAGUGGUACAUGUAAAAAACGUUCGAAAUUUUUAAUUGAUAAAAAUUUUUCCAAUUUACCAUUAAUUACAUCAUCAAUGAUUGAUAAUAAUAAUGAUAAUAAAAAUUCUAAUUCAAUAAUGAUGGAUAUGACAACAAUUGAAAAUUUAUUGCCAAUAGUGACAAAAGAAAAUAUUGACGAUACACCAAAAUUAUCGCAGGACAAAAGAAUUAUUUCCAUGGAAUUAACGGAAGUUAAGGGUAAAAUUUUAUCAACACCUUGGCAAAUAAAUCGAAAUAAUAAUGAAAAUAAUGAUAAUGAUGAUGAUUUAAGUUUUGGUACAGCGAGAACAUCACUUAAUGUUAAUACAUCAUUGGAUCAAAAUGAAAUUAAUACAAAAAAACGUUUUCGUUUAUCCCAAAAUAAUGAGAAUUUUGAUGAUAAAAAAUUGAAAAAAUUAUUUAAUAUAAAUUAUGAGAAUUCAGUGGAAAUUAUUGGUGAAAAUAAUGAAUUUUUAAAUAAAAAUUCUGAAAUUGAGAAAAAUAAGAAAAUAAAGAAAAAAUCGAUGAAUUUUAAUAAAACAUUGGAAAUUGAAGAAAAUGAAUCAUUAGAAGAGGAUAAAAAUUCAAUGAUUGAGAAAAAAAGGAGAAAUUUAAUAGAAAAUAAAGAAAUGAAGAAAAAAUCAACGAAUUUUGAUAAAACAUUGGAAAUAGAAGAAAAUGAAUCAUUAAAUAAAAAUUCAGGGAUUGAGAAAAAAAGGAGAAAUUUAAUAGAAAAUAAAGAAAUGAAGAAAAAAUCAACGAAUUUUGAUAAAACAUUGGAAAUAGAAGAAAAUAAUGAAUCAUUAGGGGAGAAUAAAAAUUCAGGGAUUGAGAGAAAAAGGGGAAAAUUAAUUGAAGAAAUUAAUAGUGGAAAGAGAAAAUUAAGAAAUAUUGAUAAAACAUUAGAAAUUAUUGAAUUAGAAGAUAAAGGCGAAGAAGAAGAAAAAGAAGAAAAUUUAUUGUCAAAUGAGAAAAGAAGAAGCAAAAGAAAAUCGGGAAAUUUAAUUGAAAUUGGUGAAACAAGUCGCGUUGAAGGUACACCAUUUCCUGUGAGUCGUUCAUUUAUGUGGAAAUCGCAAAUUAAACAAAAUACAAUUGCAUCAAAUUCACAGUUAAAUAAAAAUAAUUCAUUUGGCGAUAAUUUUGAAUCAAAACAAAGAAAACAAUCAAAAGAGAGACAUCCAGCUUUAGAUAGUUCAGAUUCUGAUGUGGAAUCAAAAAAAAUAAAUACAUCACAUGAAAUGUCCUCGUUACGUGUAACAAGUGAAACAAGUACAAAAACAAAUGAAACAUUAAAUAAUUCAAAUUUAAUGGGGAAAAAAAAAUUAUAUCCACUACGUGGUCAAUCGGAUUUAUUUUCAAUGAGUCCAAUAAAUACACCGCCGAAAAAAGUGAAAAUAAUUCCAAGACGCAAGAAAAAUGUGAAAUGGCAAAAACUUAAAGAGGCACAACGUACGCAAAGAAUUCAAAGAAUGAAAAUUAAUGAAACUGAUACUACAACCGAAUCGGAUAAUAAUGAUGAUGAGGAUGAGGAUGAGGAUUUGCAACAGGAGAAAGAAGAGAAAAUUAUUAAGAGUCAAAAAGAAAAACGAGAGAGAAAAAAAAGAAAAGUAUUGAAGAAAAAAAUUGUUAUUAAACCAUUAUUAACGAAUUCAAAAUCAGAGAAAUUGGUUAAUAAAAGAACACAAACUGUAAUUGAUGAAGAUGAAAAACAACAGCAAUUACAGUCGGAUAGUCGAAGAAGUUCGUUAACGGAUUUUGAACUUGUUGAGGAGGUGCGAACGAAAAAACCCACAAAACGAUUUGUUAUUGUUACAACUGGUUUUUCUAAUUGUGACAAGAAGAGAGUGAAAACAAUUGUGAAAAAAUUGGGCAAAGCGGAAAUUGAAACAAAUGUUUCACGUAAAACAACACACGUUAUUAGCACUGGUGUGCGUACAAUUAAUUUAUUAAAAGGAAUUCUUCGUGGUUGUUGGCUAGUGAGUUUAGAAUGGAUUCUAAAAUCAAAUGAUGCAGGAAAAUGGCUGAAUCCUGAACAAUUUGAAUUGGCUCAUUUCUCGGAAUCCGUUAAGGAAAAUCGACGUGAACGUCAAUUAUUUGGCAAUGCAUUCGUACCAGAAUUAUUUGUAAAUUGUGGAUUAAUUUACAUUGCCGCAGGUACAAAUCCAUCACCAUUAAUGUUAAAGGAUUUAAUAAAAACGGCUGGCGGCCGUAUAACAGAAAAUCCAUUAGAGGCAAAAAUAACAAUUGGUCCACAAGGUCUUAGGGAAGUUUGGAUUUUAGAUUCAAUAACAACUGGAAAAAUUCAAUCAAUGAAACAAUAUCGUUUAAAAUCAUAGUGUUUAAUUAAUUAAUUUAAUUAUCAAAGAGUUUUUUUUUUUUUUUUUGCAUUUAUUAUAUUUAUUAUCUAAUUCUUUGGUACAAAAAUUUGUAUAGAUUCAUAUAUUAUAUAUAUAUAUAUUUUUUUUCACUUUC